AUGAAUAAUAUUAACCAAGCUACCUCUGGUUUGAAAACUUCAACACCAUCAAUUAUGAAAAGAAUUGCUAAAGCACUAGAUACUGUAUUCAAAAAUUUAAAUGAAACUAAUUCCAAACUAAACCAUAUUAAUGAAGUAUUUGAGCAACAUCAAGAAACUAUUUCUAUUCAAGUUACAAAGCUUCAAGAUAUAUAUAAUAAUUUAAACACAACAUUUCAAGAUAUUUUUUCUACUUUAAGCAUGAAUAUCUUAGAAAUACAAGAUAAAGUUAUUGAAUAUACUGACGAUCAAAAAAAUAUAUUAAAUAUCCUUGAAGAAAUUAGAACUGAAAAUUCUCACAAGCCACUUUCUGAAAUAAUUAAUUCCAAAAAUAAAUCUGUUAAGAAUUUAACUUGGUAUUCUGCAUCACAUCCUACUUUGUAA